UGUAGCAUGGGGCUCUUUAGUCACUGAUACUUAUAUCUGGUGGUUGCCGUGUCUCUUGCCCAGGAUGAUUGUGAGAAACGAGCACGGUGUUGUUUCACUUGGUCUGCAGAGUGCAGUGCUACCGGCAAGCCAUGGAGCACGUUACCGAACACACCAAAGAAAUCUCUCCGAUUCAUACCUCCGAUAGUGAGGACUACUUCGAUGAUCAUCCCGAUGAACAUCCCGAUUCCCUUGAACUUGCUCGCAUCAACACAUACCGUCUACAACAACGUGCUACCGUAGGGUCCACGAGAGGCCCUGAGCCUCGCCAGGAAUGGCUGCCCAUGGGUGCUGGAAAAGAGUAUCCGCCUUCGCUUCCUGAUCCGGAGGAAUAUGUCGUCGAGUUUGAUGGUGCAGAUGAUCCUCUUCAUCCUUGGAACUGGUCUAUCUUGCGGAGGAGCGUUCUAGUCACCAUCCUUUGCUAUUGCACCUUCGCCACAGCCUUCACCAGUGCCGUUUUCUCUGCCGCCGUCAGUGCUGUAAGUGAGGAAUACCACGUCGGUCGAGAAGUCAGCACCCUCGGAGUCACCUUGUACGUUCUCGGAUUCGCUGCUGGACCGACUAUCUGGGCCCCGGCCUCUGAACUCAUUGGACGACGCUGGCCGUUGUCUAUCGGGCUCUUCGGAUGCGGUAUCUUCACCAUUGCCUCUGCCACCGGGAAAGACAUUCAGACCAUCAUGAUCAGUCGCUUCUUCGCUGGUCUUUUUGCUGCCAGUCCCGUCUCGCUUGUCCCCGCCGUCUUUGCCGAUUUGUUCAGCGCAGCGCACCGUGGAGUCGUCAUGUCGAUCUUCUGCAUGGCAGUAUUUAUCGGCCCGUUCGCUGCGCCAUUUGUGGGCGGAUUCAUUGCCGCGAGUCCGUUGGGAUGGCGCUGGACCAUGUACAUCUCGGCUAUCAUGGUCUUUCUUGCCUUCGUGCUGGUGUUCUUCUUCCUCGAUGAGUCGUAUGCACCUGUCAUUCUGGUCCGCAAGGCUGCUGUUCUCCGUCGACAGACCCGUAACUGGGGCAUCCAUGCCAAACAGGACGAGGUGGAGGUUGACAUCAAGGAGAUGGUUCGGAAUAACUUCACUCGUCCGUUGAGUAUGCUUAUCACUGAGCCGAUCCUGCUUCUCAUCUCGUUGUACAUCUCUUUCGUAUACGGCCUCAUCUAUGCCCUUCUCGGUGCCUACCCGGUCGUCUUCGAUGACGUUUAUGGGAUGAGCGCGGGCGUGGGAGGACUCGCCUUUAUCGGUCUUAUCCUGGGAGAGCUGGUUGGAGGUGUCUUCAUCCUCUGUCUGCAGGGAUCCUAUAAGCGCAAGCUGGCGGCAAAUGGGGGCAAGCCUAUUCCCGAAUGGCGUCUUCCGGCUGCGAUUGUCGGCGCCGUUGCGUUUGCCAUUGGCAUGUUCUGGUUCGGUUGGACCGGAUACACGAAUAAGAUUCACUGGAUGGCUCCGACAGCAGCUGGUAUCCUGAUCGGGUUCGGCAUCCUGUGCAUCUUCCUGCAGUGCUUCAACUAUAUCGUUGACUGCUAUCCCACUUUGGCUGCAUCCACCAUUGCGGCGAACACCAUCCUCCGAUCGGCUGUGGGCUGCGUCUUUCCGUUAUUUUCACGCCAGAUGAUGGUCAACUUGGGCGUGCAGUGGGCGGGCACUCUAUUGGGGUGUAUUGCAGCCAUCAUGAUUCCCAUGCCUGUUGCAUUCAUGAUAUUUGGGCCGUGGAUCCGUCAGCGGAGUAAGCUGGCUGCGUCGCCGGCUCGCGAUAUGGAGAAGACCUGUAAUGCUUGA